AUGAGAGGAAACGCUGCUCAAGUCAAGGUCCACUUCAAGGGAAGCGACGACGACUACAUCGUCUUUGUCGACUCUGCCCAGGCCGUCCGUGACUGGAAGGCCGACAAGUCUGUCCCUCUUGCUCAGGUCGUCAGCGGCUGGAAGAUCUUUGUCACCCACAAGUACGUGUCAACACCACCAGCUACCCCGCCAUGCCCGACCACGACUAACCACUUUGCCAUCAAUAGGCAGGGUACCACCGGUAUCCUCGACGGUGCCUCGAACAGCCAGCUUGAGAACGAGUUUGGAACACACAAGGAAGAGGAGGUCGUCAAGCAGAUCCUCGAGAAGGGUGACAUCCUCGAGACUGAGGUAAGCCUAAACCCCUGCCAGCACACGUCACUGCCUGAGAAUAGCAUGUACUGA